AGCGCAUCUAUUAUACUGCCUUGCCGAGGAUAAAAAGAAGAGCAACUGGAGGGACUGUAAGGCAAACGUUGCUGGAGCUGCCGGGGCAAAUUUGCUCUAGGUUGUAUGGUUGCACCCUGGAAAUGGGAUGUCAGUCCCAUUCAGGGAGCAUAAAGGAAGAAAGAAAAUCUCCCCGUUGCUGCCGCAGUGACAGCGAGUGAGAGCCCGAGCAGGAAGAUGUCGGCAGUCGCCUCAGCCAUCCAGGCUCCUCAGGGCCCCGUCAAUCCCCCGCCUCCAGAGGUGACAAAUCCCAACAAACCUGGCAGGAAAACCAACCAGCUGCAAUAUAUGCAAAAUGUUGUGGUGAAGACCUUGUGGAAGCAUCAGUUUGCUUGGCCUUUCUACCAGCCUGUUGAUGCAAUUAAACUCAAUUUGCCGGAUUAUCACAAAAUAAUUAAAAACCCCAUGGACAUGGGGACGAUCAAGAAGCGCCUGGAACACAACUAUUACUGGAGUGCCAGUGAAUGUAUGCAGGAUUUCAACACCAUGUUUACAAACUGUUACAUUUAUAACAAGCCCACAGAUGACAUUGUCCUCAUGGCCCAAGCCCUGGAGAAGAUAUUUCUGCAGAAGGUUGCCCAGAUGCCUCAGGAGGAGGUGGAGUUGCUACCCCCAGUUCCCAAAGGCAAAGGUCGCAAGCCCUCAGCGGGCACACAGAGCACAGGAGCGCAGCAAGCCGUGGCCGUGUCCUCCGUGUCCCCGCCGGCGCCGUUCCAGAGCGUCCCUCCAGCCGUGUCUCAGACGCCCGUCAUCGCUGCCACCCCCGUGCCAACCAUCACCGCCAAUGUCCCGCCUGUCGCCGCCCCUGCCGCCGCCGCCCCGCCCCCGCCCGCCGCUCCGAUCAUGCCCGUGGUGCCUCCCACGCCCCCGGUCGUCAAGAAAAAGGGAGUGAAGAGGAAAGCAGACACCACCACGCCCACCACGUCUGCCAUCACUGCCAGCAGGAGCGAGUCCCCCACGCCGCUGUCGGACCCCAAACAGGCCAAAAUCAUCGCGCGCAGGGAGAGCGGCGGCCGCCCCAUCAAACCACCAAAGAAGGACCUGGAGGAUGGAGAGGUCCCUCAGCACGCAGGGAAGAAAGGCAAACUCUCUGAGCACCUCAAGUACUGUGACAGCAUCCUCAAGGAGAUGCUCUCCAAGAAGCAUGCAGCCUAUGCAUGGCCCUUUUACAAGCCCGUGGAUGCAGAGGCUUUGGAAUUACAUGACUAUCACGAUAUAAUCAAACACCCCAUGGAUCUCAGUACUGUGAAAAAAAAGAUGGACAGUCGGGAAUACCAGGAUGCACAAGGUUUCGCAGCAGAUAUUCGGUUAAUGUUCUCUAAUUGUUACAAGUACAAUCCUCCAGACCACGAGGUGGUGGCCAUGGCCAGGAAGCUCCAGGAUGUCUUUGAGAUGAGGUUUGCAAAAAUGCCCGAUGAGCCUGCAGAGGGCCCCCCUCCACCUCCCCCAACAGCCCCAGUGGUGAGCAAAAGCACAGAGAGCAGCCACAGCAGCGAGGAGAGCUCCUCAGACUCCGACAGCUCCGACUCCGAGGAGGAGCGGGCGACUCGGCUGGCCGAGCUCCAGGAGCAGCUGAAAGCCGUCCAUGAGCAGCUGGCUGCACUGUCCCAAGCGCCAGUGAACAAACCAAAGAAAAAAAAAGAGAAGAAGGAGAAAGAGAAGAAAAAGAAAGAUAAAGAGAAGGAAAAAGAAAAGCACAAAGUCAAAGCUGAGGAGGAGAAGAAACCCAAGGUGGCUCAACCACCAAAACAAGCCCAACAGAAGAAAGCCCCAGCUAAGAAAGCGAACAGCACAACCACGGCUAACAGGCAGCCCAAGAAAGGAGGCAAACAGGCAUCUGCAACCUACGACUCGGAUGAGGAGGAGGAAGGGCUGCCCAUGACCUACGACGAGAAGCGACAGCUCAGCCUGGACAUCAACCGCCUGCCCGGGGAGAAGCUGGGCAGGGUGGUUCACAUCAUCCAGUCCAGAGAACCCUCCCUCAGAGACUCCAAUCCCGACGAGAUUGAAAUAGAUUUUGAAACCUUGAAGCCCACAACGUUACGAGAACUGGAGAGAUACGUGAAAUCUUGUUUACAGAAAAAACAAAGGAAACCAUUUUCUGCCAGUGGCAAAAAGCAAGCAGCAAAGUCAAAAGAAGAGUUAGCUCAGGAAAAGAAGAAAGAACUAGAAAAACGGUUACAGGACGUCAGUGGGCAGCUAAACAACAACAAGAAGCCUGCAAAGAAAGAGAAAUCCGGCUCCACUCCCUCCGGAGGCCCCUCCCGGCUCAGCAGCAGCUCCUCCUCCGAGUCCGGGAGCAGCAGCUCCAGCGGCUCCAGCUCGGACAGCAGCGACUCGGAAUGAGCAGGGACACACGGACACACCCCCAAACGGACACCCCUGCUCUGCAGUGUCCCCUCCUCCCCUCCUUACCCCUGCUCUCGGGCCACGGUGGUCAGGUUUUAUCCCCUCUCUCUUUUCUCUGACUUGUUUUUUAUUUUAUUUUUUAACUCAGUGUUACAAAAGGUAUUUUCCUUUUUUUUUUUGGGGGGGGGGGCUCUCUUUUAAUAGGUCAAAGAUCUUUGAGUGUGUGUGUGUGACUAGACUUUAUGACAAAUAGUUCCCUUUGCAUAAAGUCUCUAAAAUUUCCAUUUAUCUGGAGAAAAUUGGUCGAAAAUGGAAGAACUUUGAGCUCUUAGCAGGAGAUAAAUAGAAAAUUCUGCAAGGUUUGUAGUACAUUUCCCUCCCAGCCCUUCCCUCUCCCCAGAAUAUUCUCUUUUAAUAAGCCUGCCUGGCUCACACAAGGUAAAAACCAUCUUUUUUUAAAGAAAUCUCUGUAAAAUGGUACUGUAUCUGAAAGAUGUUAGCUUUUGAACUAGUUGGUGUAUUUGUUAUUAGCACUAGUAUUCUUAAUCUCCAAGUCUACAGUGUGAUAAAAAUGUCAGAUGCUAUCAUCUUUUUACAUAAAAACAACAAAAAAAAAUCCAAAAAAAUUCUCAUGUACUGUGGAUUGCUAACAUGCUUUUUUUUUAAAUCUUGCUAGAGGCAUAGGCACCUGUUCAGGAAGGUCUUGAAGCAUGAAUUUAACUUAUAAGCACACAAGCAAUAGAAAUUGGUUGCAUUUCUUGGUUUUCCACUCAAAAGCUUCACUUUUCCUGGGGGUUCAUUGGGAAGAAGGGAGCAAGGGACACACUCAAGUUUCUUGGGAAUGUUAUUUUUACCAUUAAACAGAUAAUUUCCAGGAAAUGGGGCGCUCUCUAUGAAAGUUUCCAUGGAAUUGUCAGGAGGUUUUUUUUGGCCAGGAGUUGUCAGCUGGAGCCUGGAGUGAUCCCUGCAGUGCCCAGCACGAGUCAUGUGCCCAUUGCUGGGCACAUCUUGGGCAUUUUCUCCAUGACAAACACCUCAGGCUGGGCUUAAAAUAAAGCAGCACUUGAGCUCCAGCUGAGGCUGAGCUGGCAGGGGAAGUGGAGAGGGAUUAUUCUGUGUGUGCUUGGGCUUUUUGCUUUUGAGUUUGCUUUGCUUUUCUCCCUUCUCCUCAUAGGAGUGAGCUCCUAGAAAGGGGGAGUGCUCCUCCUGUGUCAGGCAGGGUUCAAGUUCCAGGCACUGAAAUGUUUUACCUCAAUGAAAACAAGAAAGAGGGGAGGGAGGAGAAAAAAAAAGCUAAAUUUUUUAAAAGCUUGCUAUUUUUUUAAAGCUUGCUAUUUUUUUUAAAGCUUGCUAUUUUUUUUCAGCCCAGCCUAACGUUUUGACCUGCGCUGCUGCAAAUACACCCUGGUUUCAGUGUCCCUAAUUUCAUGUAUAUACCAUGAUUUUAUUUAUUAAACACUAUUGGUCGUUUAAAAUAUAAUAAAAUCUAACAAAAGCAAAGCUGAGGUUUUGCAGGCCAGCAGACAGGAAGACUUUUAAUGAGGUUUGAACCAGAUUAAAACAAACAAACAAACAACAAAGCAAAUAAAAAUCCACAACUUUAUUUAUAUACCUUGGACUUUCUACCUACAGGUGCUACAGUCCAGUCUCUCGUGUGUCUGGUGCUCUGUCAUGUUUGGUGUGUUCAUUUUUAGAUUUUUUUCCUCUUCUUCUCACCCCAGCUCCCUUUUUUCCCGUUUUGUACAGAUUUUGGAGACAUACACUUCAAUACAAUUUUAUUUUCUCAGUGGUCUUUUUUCCUCCCCUCUUUUUUUGUUUUGGUAGAACAAUGGGGGUUUUAUCCUUUUCUAAUUCAAUUUUAGGAAAACACCAAUUCUACAAUUACAUCCAGUUUGUACUCUGAGGGGCAGAAGUUUUAUUGUAAAUUCUUUUUAUUGUAAAGAAAAAAAAAUACACAGAAUUUAACAGAAAGUUCUGCCUUUCCAUCUCCAGCACCAGCCCCUAAAACUGCCUCUCCCCUGUGGGGUAGCCCUAAAAUUCACCUUCUGUGCUCUCCCAGUGGUGCAAAUUGCUCCAGAUUUUAUUUUCCCUGCAGGUGAGUGGUCCUGGAGGCCCCUCAAGGCCAGCCCAGAUUUCCUUUCACAGCAAUUGAUAGAAAAAUGUUCUGAUUUUUACUGAAAUCCAUGAUUUUUCUUUUCCAUUAACAAUGGAGUUCUGCUUUUUAUUCAUGAUUUUUCUUUUCCAUUAACAAUGGAGUUCAGUUCUGAUUUUAUUUUAUUUUUUUUUUAAGUUCUGCCCUUACAAAACCUUCCCCCAGCCAGAUCCUUGGUUAUAUAUUUUCAGAAUUUACUAUGAGGAAAUGUAAUAUUCACCUAAUUAAGAGCUUGGGUUUCUUUUCAAUGGGGUUGGGUUUCACCUGUGUUUCUCCUGUUGCCUGCAACUUGAAUGAUCAAAACCAAGGAAUAUUUUAAGGAAUAAUUGCAACCAAUUCACUGCCAUGGCUUUUGGAUAAACAAACUCCCAAUUUUCCCUUCCUGGGACCUUUUCCUGCCUGCUUGACCCUGAGCUGUGGUGGGGAGGACAAACUGGAGGCGACACAGAAAAUCCUGGGAGUUUCAGCUCUGGAAUCUCACCUGGAACAGCCCCUGGGACACACAGACAUCCCUCAGGGGGCUGCCCCACCAGAAUUCCUUGGAAAGCUGGAGCCUGAGGGUUGAGAACCAGGUGGGAUGUGAUGGGAGAAGGCGUGGAGGAUCCUCCAUCCUGCAGGAGGAUCCCUGGAAAAUCUGCCAAGGCCACCACGGAAUGGGAACAAUGUGCUGCACAUCUCUGCUCCACCAGCUGCAACUUGGGCUUCCACUUCUUGGGAAACUUUGCACGGAAAUGAGGUGUUCCCAACCAAAUGGAGCAAGGAGAAAUCCAUUUUGGCAUGACUGAGGGAAGAAUUUGGUGACUCCUCCCUUCCAAAUGCUGUCCUCACACUUUUGCAUUCCCAGCUUGUUUGUAGUGCUCUUUAUCCCCACCAUGUCCAUGGGGGUGCCUCUUGUACAUCCUGAGUUUCUCCAGGAAAGAAAAGAUGUUUCCAGUCCAGAGUAAGUAGCAGCAGUCCUCAAUGAGUUGGGAACUGAAGCACCAGAGCAUUUAUUUAACUGGGUUUUAUUGCAUGACACGUCAGUCCAGAUGUCACAAAAUAACUUGGAAACCAUCAAACACGCGACGUUUGAAGGACAUUUUUAAACUUAAGAAUAAAAAAGAAAAAAAAAAUUAAAAUUUUUAUGGUAGAAUUUUUCUUGAAUGAACAAAGUUUAACUUUGUUUUCCAGGGGAAACUUCACUGAAAUCAGUAUGAUUUCAUAUGUAUGCAUACACACAGAGUUUUAUUGAAACUGCUUUUUUCGGACUAAUUCCUGUUUUGACAAAAUAUCUGACCAGACCUUUCUCAAUCAACCAGCAUUACUGCACCUUUAAAAAAAAAAAAAAAACAAAAAACUUUGUGAACCUUUUCUCUGAUUGUAAACUCAGCCUGUCUCGUGGCUCAGUGGGACCAGAGGGAGAUCCCAUCCCAGCGAGCGAAGGAGUCUCGGCUCUCUGCACACCAAUUGUGUCAUCCACACAACAAAACCAUUGCAGUUCUUGUACUGGUGUGGUUUGAACCUUGCCUACCCCAGGGCUGGUGAGUGUGGGAGUGAUGUUUCAGGGCUGUGUCACUGCUGGCAGGGUGGUGACCCCCAAACACACACAGACAUUUCUGUGUGUGGAAAUCCACAGCUGAGUUCCCCCUGAGCUCUCUUCCCUCUUCUCUGUGUGGUAGAAGCAGACUGCAGUUACCUAAUCUAGUUCUUUCUCUGCUUUGGGGACUUUUAGAGCAGUUUUUAAUUCUGGUUUUUUUCCUUGUUUUGAAAGGAAUGAUUUUUUUUUUUAAAAGCCGGGGUUGGAGCUGAGGGGAAGGGAUCGGGGCAUGACAAAGACAAACCACAACCUUUUUAGUACUGGAUUUUAAAUUCUCAGUCUCUUCUCAACCCUGAGCAGUUACCACUAGGGCUAACUGUGGGCAGGCUCUGCAUCAGUAAAGAGAAAUUUAGGAUUCCUUACACAGCAGCGUUAUCUUGCUUUGAGCUGCAUUUUGUAAAGAAAAUGGUAUUUGCAUAUCUUUCUAAAAUGUCAUUUUUAAAAAAAUAAAUUAAACCACCAGCUAGGAUUUGACACAGGCCACUUAGAACACAGCCCUGAUACUGGCAUAACCAAUCCAGAAAGAUUUGUUGUUGUAUUUUUUUGUUUUGUUAUUUUGGGGUUUUUUUAAUAUUUAAAAAUAAAAAAGAAAUUGUUACUUUUCUGUAUGAUGUGCAUGCAAAUUUACCGUAACUCUUUUUCUUAAAACUUUUUAGUGCCAUUUCUAGUAUAUUCCUGUAAAUGUCAGUUAUUGAAAAGAAAUGAGUCAAUGUAAGUAGUUUAGCUUGUUUAUUGCAAAUUGCUGGCCUCAAACAAAACAGAAUUAAAAAAAAAGAGUUAGAAAGUAAUCUUUGAUGUUACUGGUAAUCACGGACCCUGGUCCUGGGGCAUUCGUUUUGUUUUCAUAAUAAAAAGAAAAAUUGUUUGGUGUGUGCAGUUUGAUCCCAUCUUUUCCCCUCUCCUCAUCUUUUCCAGGUGUGGACUGGGCAGUGCCAGGAGCCAAACCCCAGGGUGUUGAGUCCUGGAGUAAUUUGGGAGUUGUUUUGGGGAAUGUCAGAGUGGGGCAGCUCUGCGGUGUCUGAAUCACAGCUCAGUACCUGCAAUAAAACUCCUUUAAAUCCCCUUUUUUUGGUGAGGGAAACUCAGCUGCUCCCAUGUCCCAGAGCAGCCAAGGAAGGGCUUGAGCUCUUCCCUGCAGGGUCUUAAAUUCUGUGAGAAUUGCUCCUGAUUGAGGUAAGUUGGACUGAAAAGAAAUCAAAUUUCACUUCUUGGAAGGCUCCAGGAGCUGCAGGAAGCAGAGGGACUUUGUGAGCUCAGGGUGACCUGGAAGGGGGGCCUGGAGCAGCUGUGCCAGUGCCAGCACAGUCCUGGCAUUGCUGUGUGGGGGCCAGGAGCUAUUUUGGUCACCACAGAGGGCUGGGGUUGGUUUUGCUGUUUGCUUUUUGUGUGUGAGGUGGGGUUAGCACAGCCAGGCUGCCCCAAGGUUAAUCUUUGUCUAACCCUGUUCCUGCUCACUGCCCCUCCAAGGCUUCAGCAAAGCUCUGCUCCUGUAGCAGGGACACUCCCAGGGGCUGUUUGUCCAUCUGUCCCUUAAACAGUCUCCUGUGAGGCAGGUGAGGAUGUUCCUGAGGCAUUUGCAGGUGAGUUAUUACUGGGGGCAGCCAGCAGAGCUGUUUCUUCAGGCUGGGAGGAGGCUGAGGACACACAGGACACAAAGUUCAACUCUCACUGCUCAUGCCUUGAAUCCUGGGGCUGCCAGAGGGACAUUGAGGGGCUGCAAUGAGUCCAGAGCUGGGGAAGGCUGUGGAAAGUGUCCUGUGAGGAGCAGGUGAGAGAUCCUGGAGGAAAAGGAGGCUCAGGGGAGAUCUCCUUGCUCUCCACAGCUGCCUAAACCAAGGUUGUGACGUGGGGUUUGGUCACUGCCAGGACAAGAGGGAACAGCUCAAGCUGCAUCAGGGCAGGUUCAGGUUGGACAGCAGCAGCAAUUCCUCUGAGGAAAGGGU